AUGAUAGAAACAACAGCAACCCUCGCAAAAGACGACACGCUGCGCCCGGAGUCCGAGCCCCUAGUUACGCAUAUCCACAGCCCCUCACAGGAAGACCGCGAGCAUCUCCCCUGGUACAACCCGCACGGCUGGUCUCUGCGCACGAAGCUCCUCGUCGGGAUCUUCUGCAUCGCGGCGAUAAUUGCAAUUAUUGUCGGUGCGGUCGAGGGAUCCAAGACACGGCGGUAUCCCGAUUACUCGCCGCUGCGGUAUCGGCUUGUUGACAGGUAUAAUGGGGAGAAGUUCUUUGAGAGGUUUGGGUAUUUUUCGGAUGAGGAUCCGACGAGUGGGUUUGUGAGGUACGUGAAUCAAUCGACGGCGCUCGCCCAGAACCUCACAUACGCCACGCCCGAGUCCGCUAUCCUACGAGUCGACUCUACGACCCCCAACACGACGGACGGCCGGAACUCCGUGCGCAUUGAAUCCAAGGCCACCUACGACGACGGCCUGUUCAUCUUCGACAUCUUGCAUACGCCAUAUGGGUGUGGUACGUGGCCGGCGCUGUGGCUGACAGAUGGCUCCAACUGGCCAUUCAAUGGGGAGAUUGAUGUCCUUGAGGCGACGAAUAAUGGAACAGACGGGAAUGCGGUGACGCUGCAUACGAGGCCGGGGUGCAGCAUGGACGUACGGCGCAAGGAGACGGGGGACGCAAUCUAUACGACGUGCGAUAAUAGUACGAAUGGGAAUGCUGGUUGUGGGGUCAAGGGGCCUUCGUUGUCGUAUGGGGCGGAGAUGAAUGCGAAUGGGGGUGGCAUCUACGCGCUCGAAAUCCGCUCCGCCGGUAUUCGUGCCUGGUUCUUCCCACGCGACUCUAUCCCCCCCGACCUGACCAACGAAAGCACUGCCCCCGACCCCUCAACCUGGGGAACAGCACUAGCCGACUUCCCCAACACGAGCUGCGACAUCCCCUCGCAUUUCAGGAACCAGAGCAUCAUCGCCAACAUUGACCUCUGCGGCGACUAUGGCGGGAGAGACGAUGUGUAUACAGACCAGUUUAGCUGCCCGGGGAAUUGUACGGACUUUGUUGCGAGGUACCCGGAGAACUUUACGCAGGCGUAUUGGGAGUUUGGGGGGUUUUGGGUUUAUAGCUCAGAGUAA